UCCAGGCUACCUCAGCCCGCCAAGAGAGCGGACGCGGCGCUCGCGCAAUGGGUGGCUCCGAGUCGAUGACCAUCAACCCCACGGCCGACGGGCCGGAGCCGAUGCCGCAGGGGCCCCACAUGAAGGAGGCCACGGAUGCGGACGACGGGCUCGAAAAGCAGCUGGACAUCGCGCGGCAGGUGUCUGACGUCAGCACCGCGGCCACGCAGUCUCCAGCCGGGGUGUCACCCUGGGCCCCGCCCUGCGAGCCGGUUCCUUUCCACCAGCUCGAGUCCAUGGACGAGGCGGGUAAUUCCGAGCAGCUCAGCGAGGAGGAACAGGACCGUCGCCCGCCUCGACCUCCAAGCUCGUGGGAAAAAGCCUUCGGCAUCGAGAUGCCGCUCGCAGGCGCCGAAGCCGUGGGGCGCCAGGGUCGUGCAGGCGAGCGUCGAGGCUGCGCCCAGGACUGCAGCGAGCCCGCCCGCAUCUGCCUGGGCAUGCCGCCCCUCCAGUCCGAGCUGGGCCAGUGGG